AUGGCCCAGUUUGUUCUUUUGUUUGUCCUCUGCCGUGUCGUCGUCGCCCUCCAGGUGACCCCGGGCUCCCCCUGUGCUGCAUACUGCCUGGAUUCACUCGAGGGAAACGACUUCAAAGCAUCGGAUUCAACGACCAACCCGGCAGACGUUAGCUGCAGAGACGCCAACUAUGUGACGACGGACAGCGGCAUCAAGUUUAGGGAAUGCGUAGACUGCCUGCAGACGAGCACCAAAUUUGCAGAGGGGGAGUCCGAUGUCAAGUGGUACAUCUACAAUCUGCGAUAUGCCAUCAGCGCCUGUCUCUUUUCCUCGCCUGCGGCGCCGCCCAACAAGACGGCCGACUCGCCAUGUGGCGUAGACAAGGCGUGUCGGCCUCUCAAGGGAGCUCUGACGAGUGACGACCUACAGCCGGCUCCGCAAACUUCGCAGGACUACUGCACUGCCGACCACGGUGCCUUCAAAAGGUCGAACCUGUCGCCCUGUACCAAGUGCCUUCGGGCUACCGAGGGCGAGGCGUACCUCUCGAAUUUCCUGGUUGCCCUCGAGGCCGGUUGCGCCCAAAACCCGGCUGAUGGCCAAGUUUUGGGCCUGAGCAGCAGCCUCUUCACCGCAGAUGCCGUCAGCGCCGUCAACCCUCCGACCAGCAAUCAGGACGACAAAAAGGGGCAGCCCGGCCUCACGGGCAGUGCCAUCGCCGGCAUCGUCAUUGGCGUCGUCCUCCUUUUUGUAUUUGCCGCCGCCCUGUUUAUUGUAUACUGGCGUCGCCAGGAAGCUUUGGAUAGCGAGGAUAGCGACGACGAGGCCAAGGGGCUCCCAGGUCCCAAUUACCCGCACCUACCCGGCAGCAACACGGGAACAACCCGAGUGUUUCGUCGAGGUGAUGCUGGACAGGCCUUCGGUGGGAAAGCGUCGCACUUUACUUCGUCUGGCGAAUACUACGACCACAUGCGUGCGCAAGGCCAAUCCGGCCGAACCGUAUACGCAUCGGAUUUUACCAUCAAUGCACCAGGCUCCCACAGCGCGAUACCUACGCAUUACGCAUACAUUCCAGGGACGAGCUCGCGCGCGGCGAGCCGAGCAAGCCCGGGCCGGGUGCCGUCACCACCUGCCUCCAUCAACCGCCCCGAGAAGACCAACAGACCAGACACGUUCGCCAUUCAGGCCUAUCUCACCGCAGCAGAAGACUCGAGCCGGCUCGCUGCUUCGUCAGCCCCUCCCGCUCCGAGGCCCAAGGCGCCGGCUGCUCACGGCUUCAGAAUUCCUCUUGCGUCUUUGCCGAAACUGGGGAUACCGAAAAAGCCCAUGCUUCGGCACAGGGCAGCAGAGACGCCGACGCCCGGCGGGCUGCACCGGGGGGUCGAACUGCAAAUAUCAGAACCAGUCAUGGGAGACGACAGCAGGUUCAGCGAGCCAGCCACGGUGAACACGGCAGCGAAACAGCAAAAGGCCGGGCACUGCGAGGACGGGUACGUCGAGGUGCCCCUACGAAGUGGCAAGAGUACCCUAUAUGGGUUUUGA